AUGUCGCUGGAGCAAGGAAAGCCGGAUAAAAGGAAGCAGAGGAAAGGGAAGCAGAAGCAAGCGGAGUGGGAACAGGAGAAGAUUAUUAGGGAUCCUAUUCAUGGGUAUAUCACGUUUAAAAAGUGGGCAGUGGAAUUUAUAGAUACAGAAGAAUUCCAGAGACUACGAGAUAUUAAGCAACUAGGAACUUCCUAUUACGUUUUUCCAAGUGCAUGUCACAAUCGUUUUGAACACAGUCUAGGAACUGCGCAUCUUGCUUAUACCUUAACCAAAAAAUUACACGACCAACAAAGAAUUGAAAAAAAUGAACAUGAUCUUGAAUGUGUAACUUUGGCUGGGCAUGGGCCAUUUAGUCAUGUGUUUGAUAAUGAAGUUAUUCCAAAAAUUGCACCAGGAUUAAAUUGGAAACAUGAAGAUGGGUCUGUAAUGAUGUUUAAUCGUCUUUAUGAUAGAAUGGAAUCACAUUCAGUUGAUUUAAGCACAGAUGAUUUAAAAUAUAUUAAGAAUCUUAUUAAAGGUGACAGAACUAAAAGAUCCCCGUACUUAUUUGACAUUGUUGCCAAUAAACGUAACUCUGUGGAUGUUGACAAAUUUGAUUACCUCGCACGAGACUGUUAUUAUUUAGGAAUGGAUUCAUUAUUUGACCCUUCACGAUUGAUGAAAUUUUCUUAUGUCAUAGACAACCAGAUAGUUUACCAUCAUAAGGAAUACUUUAACAUUUAUGAAAUGUUUCACACGCGAUAUUCUUUAUACAAGAGAGUAUAUACCCAUCGCGUUACUAGAGCACUUAAUUUUAUGAUGAGAGACGCGCUUCUGAAAGCAAAUCCAAUAUACCAUUUUGAGAACGUAAUAUUUGAUCCUGAAGAGUAUAUCAAGUUAAAUGAUUCUAUUUUAUAUGAAAUAGAAUAUUCAGAAAAACCGGAAUUGAAAGAAUCAAAAGAAAUCAUUAAACGGAUUAGACAGAGAAAAUUAUACAAGUUUGUGAACGAGUGUAUAAUUCCACAUAAUAGGAUAGACAUUACGAAUGAAAAUCUUAAUGAACGUGAAAUUGCUAGUCAUCACAACAAUGGAAGUAUACAUUUAAGUGAAGAUGACAUAAUUCUCGAUUGGCAAAAUUUGAAUUACACAAAAGGGAAAAAUAAUCCCGUGGAAUAUGUUAAAUUUUAUAAUAAAGAUCGCACUAAAGUAUUUCGUCUUAAACAUGAAAGAAUUAGUCAUCUCUUUCCUGAACAAUACGAAGAAAAAAUUGUUCGCAUAUUUUCACGUGAUUCAAAGAAGGUUGACUCAAUUCAAGAUGCUUUUCGGAAACUUGCAAAAAAACUGGGUCUUGAUAUAAAUGAAGGAUUUUUAACUGGUGAAAAAGUAGAUAUUAUGGACAUCAAUCCGAAUGGUGGUG